UGCUUUGCCCUGAGCAGCCAUGGUGGGCAUGAGCGUCCUGCGGGCAGGGGUUGGUUUUGCAGCGAGAUUAAACCCAUUGAAACAGAUGUUUUCAAAUGGGAGGCUACUCACCAGGACCACCCCAAAGACGGAGAGUGCUGCAGUCCGGUAUGGCAGCCACGGAAAGCAAAUGUUUGUGUUUAAACCUUCAGACUACUAUGACAGAAGGUUCCUCCAUCUUUUGGUGGGCAUUUACUCCUUAUUCAUUCACUCAGUUAUGCUAACCGGGGACCCGUUACACAAAAGUCCUGCGAUUGCGAUGAGGUUGCUAGGACGCAGAGGUGAAGCAGAACUGGCUGAAAUCCCAGAAAACUAUGUCCCCGAGCACUGGGAGUACUACAAGCACCCCAUCACUAGGUGGAUUGCCCGGAAUCUCUAUGAUCCACCAGAAAAGAACUAUGAGAAAAUGAUGGCUCUCAUUGAGAUUGAAUCUGAAAAGGCAGAAAUGAGACGGACCCAGAUGGAUGUUCGAAAACUGAUGAGAGAAAAAGGAGACGGACCCUGGUAUCAUUAUGAAACAAUGGACAAGAGCUUAAUUGAUUACUCGCCCAAAUCUACACCAGAUAACUAAAUAACCUUGCUUACAGGUUCCCAAUGUACCAACCUAAGUGUGAGAUGUGUUGUCUGAAUAUUGUUCGCUAACCUGUCCAUAAACUAUCUAAUAAAUAUGUUUGUACAAUUGCUUACUGGCACAAAUAAAACCUGUGUUUGAA